AAAUCAGUCCAGUAAGUCAACACUCAUCAGCUUGAAUAUCUUUCUGAUAUAAAGCCACAUAUGGAUUGCCUUUUUUUCUCUGUGGAAUCUCCCACAGCACACUGUCAAUUCUAGACCAUGCCAUUUCCUUAGCAAUUGUCCUGCUUCUGUCUUUUCCUCAAGAUUAGUCUUGGGUUGUUUACAGUGUACAGAAAAUCAAAGCAGAGGUACAGCUUAUUUCUUCAGCCAUGUGAAUGUAACUGAUUACACAGAAUAAACUAGUCUGAGAAAACGGUAAAACAGGAAACAGAGGGCCGUAUUUUUGCUCUGAAAGCACACACUUCUACAUGCUCCUGUGCUCCUACAUCAUGUGCUCCAAAUUAAGUUUUAUGUGAGAGAUAACUUUUGCAUCUUGGAAUUAAAAAUACGCUUCUCAUUUUUGCAUGUUACAAAAUAAAGCUUUGUCCAAAAUAAGAAAAAGGAGGAAUCUCUGCAGAGAUGUUUUGCUUGACCAAAAGCUGGUUUUAAACAUGUGACAUAUAAACUACUGUGCCUGAUGCGAGAGUCUGGGUAUGUUUUAGUUGGUACUUUAUCUAUAAUGGAUGAAAUCAGAAUUCUGUUUUCCAAUUUUGAACUUCAUUACAAAACCUUUACCUCCUUUCUCCCCCUUACUCAUGGUUUUUAGUCAUUUUAAGUGUUCACACAGUAGGUUUUAAAUACAUUUUUGUUGGUUAUAAAAUUACAAGAAGGGAGGAAUAUCUAGCAGUAAAAAGAGGUUUUAAAAUCAGUAGAUUUGAGUGUACUGCUUCUAUUGCUUUAAGUUUUGUUUUUAUAUUGUAAAGAAUGACCAGGAAAUUUCACAUAUGGUAUGUUUCAAAAAAGCUGCAAGAAAGUUAUUUUAAUAGGAAAAAUGAAUGCAUGAAUUAUUUAAAAUAGUUGGUGCAACUGUUCCUGUUAACUAAUCCAGGCACUUGGAAGGCAAUUACACUGAGCUUUGACAACAUUCCCAACCCACUGCAGGUGCCUUAUGCCAAAAGCUAUUGUUGUUUUAUUGACCACGUUCACCAUUACAUAUGCAUAUGAAAAAACAGAGGCAUUUUCAUCGGGAUUACCCUAAUAGCAUUAAGAGAUUAUUUUUUAAAUUUCCUUGGAAGGAAAUUCACUUAAAUGAGAUUACUUAUUACUUGACUGGUUUCCUAUCACGCUGCUGUGUUUAGGUAAGUGGAGUCCAUUAGAGUAUAAAGUUUUUCUAAAAACUGAUUUUAUACAUUAAUGAUUUCAAAUAAAAGAGAAGUACUAUAUUUGUGCACAGCUUCUUUUGGGAAAGUUAAGUCGAUGCUCUGGUUAGGAGAGAUAACACUUUCUGUCCCUGUUGGUGGCCCCCCAGUGUCACCAUUAGUUGCUAAUUACUUGCAAACAAAUAAACAAUUAACUGCUCGUGCCUUUCGGUGGCAGAGUUUGCAUUGACAUGCUAAAACUUUCUAAUAAAAGAUUUGAAUUAAUGACGUUGCAAAUCCAACCCCCUUCUCAGCAUAGCUAUAAGGAGGACUGGUGGAGAAAUGCAAGUACAGUAUACCUGUUGUGCUGGCUGAAGGUGAAGGCAUGGCAAGCACCUCGCUGAGUGCUGCUAACACAGCUGCCUCCCAGAACCUUCGGAAGGGGUCUGGUUUUGUAGAAAAUAAACCCACACAGUGUUCAUUUUCCAUUGAGAGCAUUCUGGGACUGGAGCAGAAAAAAGAUGGUAUUCCAUCUGUGAAACCUCACAGACCAUGGAUGGAUGCAUGCACCAACUUGGUUUUAGGUGAUGACAGUAAUCCCCGUCUGCAAAUCCCCGUUGUUUGCUAUGAAAAUCCAUUAUUUCAUGCUAACAGUAAUCCAAUGCAAGAGGAGAAAGUUCUGAAAUGUGAAAAAUAUCUUUCAGUCACCGACAGGCUGUCCUUCAAACGGGAAUUGAGCUGGUACAGGGGUAGAAGACCAAGAACUGCAUUCACUAGAAACCAGAUUGAAGUCUUGGAAAAUGUUUUCAAAAUGAACUCCUACCCUGGCAUUGACAUUAGAGAAGAGCUGGCUCGCAAGUUAGAUUUAGAUGAAGACAGGAUCCAGAUCUGGUUCCAGAACCGUCGUGCAAAGCUGAAAAGAUCACACCGGGAAUCUCAGUUUCUAAUAGCAAAAACCACUUUUACCUCCAGCCUGCUGGAGUAGGAGGAAGGAUGGUUUGUUGUACUACAAUACAACAUGAAGAAUUGUUGGAGUUUUCAUAGCUUGUAUUAAGUAAUUAUGAUAGAUUAAUUAUGAAUUAUUAUCUCAAGAUUUCAAAGUUUAUAAUAAUUUUCAUUCAAAUAAACUGUAAAUACUUGAAA